AUGUGCAACACGGGCCGCACGGCCGACGGCUGGGAGAACGGCGCCGUCGUCAAGCUCUACCACCGCGAGGCCGACUGGCCCGAGGGCGAGGUCGUGCCCUACCAGGUGCGGCUCGACGACGGCACGCUCAUCUACGCGCCGCUCGACGUCGACGGCUGCGUGCGGCUCCGGCCGAGCGACGGCCUCGACGCGGACGUCGUCGUCGUCGGCGCGGGCGCGUCCGGCGUCGGCACGGCCGUGGCGCUGACGCGCGCGUUCGGCCUCGACCCCGCGCGCGUGCGGCUCGUCGACCGCGGCGACGCCGUCGGCGCGUCGUUCCGCGCGUGGCCCGCGGAGAUGCGCUUCAUCUCGCCGUCGUUCAACCAGCAGGGCUGGACGAACUCCUUCGACCUCAACGCCGUCGCGCAGGACACGUCGCCCGCGUACGCGCUCCACACGCAGCACCCGUCGGGCGCCGAGUACGCGCGCUACCUCGAGGCCCUCGUCGCCGAGGCGGCGCUCGACGUGCGCCUCGGGACCGACGUGCGGCGCGUCGACCGCCGCGCCGACGGCGACUUCGACGUGCGCACGCGCCGCGGCGGCAUCGACGAGACGAUCCGCGCGCGCUUCGUCGUCUGGGCCGCGGGCGAGUUCCAGUACCCGCGCGAGGGGCCCGUGCCCGGGUCGGAGCACUGCGUCCACAACUCGCGGGUCGCGUCGUGGGCGACCCUCGAGGGCGACGAGCGCGUCGUCAUCGGCGGCUACGAGUCCGGCGUCGACGCGGCCGUGAACCUGGCCCGCGCGGGCAAGCGGGCCACGGUGCUCGCGUCGACGGCCACGUGGAACGUGCAGACGCCGGACCCGUCGACGGAGCUCGCGCCCUACACGGCCGCGCGGCUCCGCGACGUCGUCGCCGAGGGCUUCUCUCCCAAGCCCAAGCUCCUCGCGCCGCUCCGCGUGCUGCGCGUCGAGGCGGCGCCCGGGGGCGGCUUCGACGUCCUCGUCGUCCACACGGCGCACCCGCCGGUGCUGGCGACGGGCUUCGAGGGGAGCGUCGCCGCCGCGGCCCGCGACCUCUUCGACCUCGCGGACGAGGACGGCGGCGGCUGCCUCGCGGGCGCGCCGCUCCUCACGGCCGAGGACGAGUCGACCAAGGUCCCGGGCGUCUUCCUCGUCGGGCCCUCCGUCGUCCAGGGGGACCUGUCCUUCUGCUUCGUCUACAAGUUCCGCCAGCGCUUCGGCAUCGUCGCCGACGCGAUCUGCCGCGGCCUCGGCCGCGAGACCAAGACCGCGGUCGCCGGCCUCCGCCAGGCGAACAUGUACAUGGCCGACCUGUCCUGCUGCGAGAACACGUGCGGCGAGGUCUGCUAA